GCUUAAAGCAUUCUGAAAAUCAAUAAGCAAAAUGUCUGACAAAGAUAACAAGCAAAAGAAACCAAAUAAUGGCUCAAAGGAUACUAAAAACGCAAGUUCCAGCAAAACGCCAGCUCCUCCGGUUAGUCCAAAACCAAAAUCAAAGCUCAAAAAAGGUUCAGAUACAGUAAAACCUCUCGAAUCGAAACAAACAACUGCAGAUUAUCAAAAAAAGGAAUCAAAAAUAUAUGAGGUAAAAGCAGCUACAGAAAACAAAGAAGGAAAUGCAUUGCCAAGGAUCUCCGAACCUUUGAGAGAUUCAGAAAAUAGGUCCAAUCAUCAAGAAAGGGAAGCUCUUGAAGAAAGCCAACAAAAUGUGAACAUCAAAACUAAAGCAAACUUUUCAAAUGAUCGGGAGUCAGUGGAUCAAAAUAUUACCACAGAGAGAAGCACAGAUGCAGAAACUACACAGAAAAAAUUAAAAUAUCUUGAUCUAAUUGAGACGAAUGAAGAGCGGCAAAUGAAGGAUUAUGAAAGUCUCGAGAGUCCUCAUACGAACGCAAGUAUGCAGACCUCUCAACCACAGAGCGAUUCAGAUAACAGUUUUCCUCAUACCGAAAGGGACUUACCACACUGCGGUGAAACGGUAACGGACCGCAACAGUAAUACGCUUCAAGAUAUCCCAAGUGUUAGGAGAUCAUCGUUGGACAGUGUCAGACAUGAACUAUCCAUUGGUUUUUUAUAUCGAAGUGGCAAAGGACGACCUACACCUGAUAUGACUAGAACUCAGUUUCUAACAUCAGAAGAUAUACAAAAAUGGUAUGCCCAGCGAGACCUGGAGGAAUCUCAGUUGAGAAAUCGCAGCAAAGUCAGAACUUUAGAAGAAUUACGGGGUCCCAAGGCAACAGGCACGCGCCAGUUAUCUGAAGAAGGUCGGGACAGUGUAUUGUCUAUGGAGGAUGAGAGUGUUGAUCCGCUUAUAAAACAUAAAUCCAUUAAUACUAAAAUCUCUCGAGUGCCUCAAAGAUGGGAACUAGAUGAUUUUGAUGAAAUUAUCGUAUACGCAGCUGAGGAAGAAAUGGCAAAGAAUACGGAAAUAAUAGAAGAGAAAAUAGAAGAGAUCUCUGAGGAAAUAAAAAGAGAGCCAUCCAUAUCGCAGAUACACUACCACUGUUACGGUCUCCUACGCGACAUUGGGGUUAACACAGUAAAUCCUUGCGAACCGAUUCAUGAUGAUACACUGUUCGAUCCGAUAAAGCCCUAUAAAAUCGAAAUGAAUCACAUUAACGAACUUUUUGCAAGGACACAGGCGGAGUAUGGGACAUAUGAGGUGGAAACUGGCAGUAGAUCCUACUAUGAGGGCUGCAAAAACCAUUUUCUGGGUAGAAAUCAUUGGAAUAGACUCUUCCGUGAUGACUUCCAGGGUACAUACCUAGCUCGACUUCCCAUGCACUGGAUUUAUACGGUUCUAUGUGCCGUCGGAUAUAUAUUAUUUGCGUGUCUCUUCAGCAUGGCCUGGAUCGAUCAUGUAACAGAGGUAACUACCGAAAAUAGACCAGUUGCAAAGAUGGUGCAACCCUAUCUAAGUCUUGCUACGAUUUUUUCGCGAAGGCUUACAUUUGAUCCGCGAAACGAUACAGAUGUCAAUGAUAUGUACACCAGGACAUUGGCAUUUUUCCAUCGAUUUGGCGACUCGGGGGAAAAUGAACGCUUUGGUCCAUGCACAGCAGAUCAAAAGUUUGGCUAUCAAAGCAGUGCGCCAUGUGUUUUCCUCAAAAUUAAUCGUCAAAUUGGUUUCAAAACUGUUCCAUAUACACAUUUCGAUCAGGUGGAUAGAGAAAACAACAAAAGACCCCAUGACAUCAUAUUAAAGAGUCUCUUAAGGAAAAUUACAACCCAAAAGACAUGUGGGAAUCGCAUUUGGUUUACAUGCACCACCAAACCGAAGAAUAAACUUAAAAUUGAGUUUUAUCCAGAGGCAGCCGUCAGAACGGAAUACACGGAUAUUGAGGAGAAAUUUGUACAAAACUCUUUUGAUAGAGAUGAUCUCCACCGUAUUGUGGCUAUCAAGCUUCGAAACCUGAAGGCAAACGAAAGAGUGGACAUCAAUUGCAAGAUCUGGGCACAAAAUAUUCAUCACAAUAGCAAAGAUUUUGGUCAGGUCUCAUUUUAUGUGAUCAUGGGACAUGAACAAAAUCGUCAGAGGGUGCAGAAGGCACUCAUAUAUCACGAUUAAUUGCGAUUCCUUAUGAG